AUGGGAUCAGAAAAGAUAAUAAUUGUCGGAACCGGUUUGGCAGGAUUGACAACUGCUCUUCGUCUAUUGCAACAUGGGAUUUCUGUUAUUAUGUUGGAGAAGGGCGAUUGCCUAGGAGGGAAUUCAAUUAAAGCGUCGUCGGGAAUCAACGGAUCUGUAACAAAGCAACAGAUUGCCAACGGAAUACAUGGUGAUUCAGUAGGAGCAUUUUUGAGUGAUUCCAUAAGGUCCGGGAAGGGUCUAUCUAACGUUGAGCUUUUAAAAAUUCUCGUGAACAACUCGAGGCUUGCAAUUGAUUGGCUAACGGGUCCUAACCUUAAUAUAGACUUACUGAAAGUGAAUCAGCUUGGCGGUCACUCGUUUCCUAGAACCCACUGUGGGUCAGGAAAACUGCCUCCUGGCUAUGAUAUUGUUUCCUCGAUUAUUAAUUCUUUGAAAACGUUCACAAAAGGCUCCUGUGGAACUUCAUUGUCAAUUCUAAAAAAUUCUAGUCUAGUUCGAAUUCUAGCUACAGAAAAUAAAACAAAGGUUGUGGGGAUUGAAUAUGAGAAUCUUAAUAAUAAGGAAAAAAUUUAUGGUGAUUACGUUGUACUAGCAACAGGUGGAUUCUCUGCUGAUUUUGCAAGCAAUGACUCAUUGAUAAGGAAGUUUAGACCGGAUCUUUUAGAUCUUCCGCUGACAAAUAGUCUAUUGACUACAGGAGAUGGCCAAAAGAUUGCCGAAAGAGAUGUAGAUGCUCAAUUGAUACAGAUGGAUCAAGUGCAGGUUCAUCCUACGGGAUUCAUUAAAGCUUUCGAUUCACAUACAAAGGAUGAAGUGAAUUACAAAUGGAAGUUUUUGUGUGGUGAAAUUGUUCGUGGAAUUGGAGCAAUACUUGUUUCGCCAUCAGGAAAUCGAUUUGUAAAUGAAUUAACUACUAGAGAUAAGGUAUCUACUGCAAUAUUUCAAAGCUGUAAAAUCCUGUCGAACAACACUUUAUCUAUAGCAGGUGACUCAGCGGUAGCUAUUAUUAUGCUAAACGAGAGCGAUUAUCUCAAAGCUCCCCAUCACAUUGACUUUUAUGUAUCCAAGGGCCUAAUGUCGAAAUUGAAAAUUGCAGAUGUUUACAAUUUACUUCUGGAUUUAUCUGGAGUAAAUAAAGAAUUGAUUAAGAAUUCUCUUGACCAGACUUUGAAUAGUUAUAAUGAUAACAUUGAAAGACAACAUGAUAGCUUUGGACGCAAAAGUUUUGGCAAAGUAUGUCCCUCACCUGAAAACUCUCACUUCUAUGUUGGAUUGAUAACUCCUGUUCUUCAUUUUUCGAUGGGAGGCAUAAAAAUUAACGAGGAAGGUAAAGUAAUAAACAACGAUAAUAAUGUUGUUGAUGGGCUCUACGCUGUUGGUGAAAUAAGCGGUGGUAUUCAUGGGGGUAAUAGGUUAGGAGGAAACUCCUUGUUAGAAUGUGUUGUAUUCGGAACUAAUGUUGCUGAAAGUAUUAAAAAAAAUUUUAAUUGA